AUAUUACCCCCCUUGUGCCCCAAUGUACUCGUGACGUCACAAGUCUGACAGCCAUACUUGCUUGAGCGGUUGUGUAGAGGUGAAAACAUUUAGAUUUCCCAUUUUUCUGUACCGUCUCGCUGUAAGAGCGAGGUAAAAGCGUUGAGUGCGAUCAAUGUGCAGGAAUAUACUGUUUUUUGGAGUACAUGGUCAUACAUUUAUGGAGUUCGUUACAAACAGUGGGGACUAUUGCCAGGCACAGCACGUGUAAACUAAACAGUCAUUUACUGUGGUGCUUUAUUUGAAUCCUAUGUUCUGUGGCAGUGUCAACACACUACGUUGAAUGGGUUAAUUUGACGGAUAAAUUCCUCGACAGGGAAAUUCUGCCGAACGUCUUUCAUAUCUGCUUUUCUGUGUAUAGAUCGUUGGAUAAAUAGUUCAUCGUUGGGUACAUUUUGUUCUCACUUUGUUUUAUGUGAAUUUAUUUAUUUUGUUCCGAUUUUAAAGAGUUUAUUUCGUUGUACAUUUGUUAACGUAGAAUUCUGAGUGGACGCAAUCUCAUAUUACGUAAACAAUAUCUAUGACAAACAUGAAGUCACGAAGACCAGAACCUGCGGAGAUUGAGCAUAAGAACAUGCGGUUCCUAAUAAUGGAUCGACCAACAGAUUCAACUAUGGAUAAAUUUAUAGAGGAACUGCAUAAGAAAGGAGCUAAAGAUGUAGUACGUGUAUGUGAGCCGACUUAUAAAACAGAGAAACUUGAUGCCCAGGGAAUACGGGUAAUCGAUUGUCAGUUUGAUGAUGGUAAUCCACCCCCCGGAGAAGUCAUAGAGGAAUGGAUUAAUCUGCUAAAAACCAGGUUUAAAGAGGAACCAGGAUGUUGUGUGGCUGUACAUUGUGUGGCAGGAUUAGGCAGAGCUCCUGUUAUGGUAGCUUUAGCAUUAAUUGAAUGUGGAAUGCUAUAUGAAGAUGCUGUAGAACUAAUCAGACAGAAAAGACGAGGAGCAAUCAAUGCAAAACAACUUGCCUUCUUGGAACAUUACCGUCCAAAAUCCCGACUAAAACAGAAAGGGAAUGGCCACAAGCAAUGCUGUGUCAUGUGAUGUGACAUGUGAUCAGCAUUAACAACACAGACACACCGCUUAAACGUGUUCAAUAAUUAAGCGAUUAUUGCCCCUGUGUCAACCAUACUCAUUUGUUCAUUAUUAGUGUUUUAUAACAUGAUUAAAUAUAGGUGGAGUAUAUGUCCUCCACCAUUUAAUUAGGGAAGUGAAACUAUUUUUAUACUGUUUAUUUUAUUUAUAGAACAGAUAUAUAUAUAUAGCAGCAACAAGGGUUCUCUCUAUUACUACCACUUUUGCUUUCAUUUUAGAUUUUAUUAUAAAAAUAUGUUCAGAUGAUUUGUUCCUUAAAAUUAUUUUGAUUAUAUUCCCUGGACUGUUAUACUAAAACCUACAUGUGAAUUAGGGAAGGCAAUUUUAAGAAUAAAGCAAAACAAAAUUAUAGUUCUAUUUCCUAGAAGUACUCUAAAUUUUGAAGCCUACCUUAUUAUAUUUUUGGAAAUUUUUGUAUUUGUUGUGAGUUAAGCACCUUUAUCUUCAAGCAAGUUGUUUUAAAUUAUAACCAUCCAAAAACAAUUUUCCCAUUUAGGGUAGAUGUGAAAUGUAAAAUCUGGCAAAAAGGUUUAAAAUUUAGAACUUGAACUCUGGUUACUUUCCCUUAUUUGCAUGUAUGUUCUAUGGAACAGCUCAUUGUAUUUUCAUAUGCUUGAUAUCAUGACACUUUUAUUGUAUUGUUAUUCAUUAAAAGAACUCUCAAAGGGGUUAACAGUAAUACAAAUCUAUGGCUUAGCAAAACUUUUAUUUUCAUAUUUUUCUAACAAUUAUUCAGAUCAGUAACUUUGUCUGCUAAAAAUAUAAUGAUUGUAAUAGCUAAGACAUACAAAUGUUUUGUAACACACCAGGUCAAAAUUCUCAUUAUAAUUCUCAAUUUUGUUAUCAUAAUAUAUUACCAGCCAAGUUUUGGAUUCGUUAGAACAUAUUAUUUUAACUUGUUUGUCAGAUUGUAUUUUGAAGAAAUAAUUCUUGAUGACUAAGGUUUGUAGUUCUGGAAGCAAGGGCCAAAAUUCACAAUUGCUCAUGUUACAAAAGAAAUACUAAAAAGAAUUUGCAGUAUAAGAAUAAGGGAAAUUUAAUUUUUCUUUUUUAAAGUUGUAGAUAAAUUAUGUAUACAUUGUAUAGGUCAUCACAUUUUAGUGCUAUGUAUAGAAAUAAAUGAUUUAAAGUAAAAUUAAUUACCAAUGAAUUAACAGUUGGAAAAAUGUGAAUUCAUGACUAUCAAUGACAAGGCUAUGUAGGGGACGUCCAUCUCUUCACCAUUUAUAUUUCCAGUUAUUGAUUUUUAUGUCAUUUCACUUUUUUCAUAUUUUAGCAACAUAAGGCUAGGGUUACAAAUUUCAGUAGAUUUUUAUCAUUGACUGAUUUCUAGUUAUAGAGAAAUGCUCACAUUUAUUACUUCCCUUUGCAAACUUUGUAUUAAUUGUUUAAUAACUGAUUAAAGUAGGAGCAGGUAUAUUUUCUGAGGAAAUUGAUGUAAAAAUAGUAUAUUUUGAAACAAAACAAAAAACACCACAAAAAACAGUAUAGAAAAUAUACUUUGAUCAUUGCUCACAGUUUUCUGAAAAUGCUAUUAUCUGUAAUUGAAAUUUGUAUAGAGAAUUUAGACAAGGUACUUUAACCUUAUUAAUCCAGGUAUAACAUUUUUAGCUCACCUGGUCGAUCCAUGUAAUGUUCAUAUAUAUGAAUAAAGAAGAAAUAAUCUUCAAUAAGACAGUUAUCCAACACCAAUAAGGAAAAGACAUCUAGAUGUCAUUGUAGUGUCCAAAUCAAACAAUCUGGAUUCUAAAAUAAAAUGUACAUGUCUUAUUAGGGGAAGUAAUAAAAAUAAAAUGUACAUGUCUUAUAAGGGGAAGUAAUAAAAAUAAAAUGUACAUGUCUUAUAAGCAGGGAAAGUCAUAAAAAUAAAAUGUACAUGUCUUAUAAGGGGAAGUUAUAAAAAUAAAAUGUACAUGUCUUAUAAGGGGAAGUAAUAAAAAUAAAAUGUACAUGUCUUAUAAGGGGAAGUAAUAAAAAUAAAAUGUACAUGUCUUAUAAGCAGGGGAAGUCAUAAAUGUAACCUAUAAGUAGAUUUAGAAGACAAAACAUAAAUCUGAGUUGUGAGAAAAUGGAAAUCUAGAAAUCACUCCAUUAUAACAUAGCCUUAAAACUUGCCUUGAGACAUGUAUACUCCAUACUCAAUCCGAAUACCAUUGGAAUGUCGUUAGGUUUUAAUCCCAUUAUUUACAGUUUUAUUGUGGAGCAAAACUAUCAGCUAUUUAUUUAUAUCAUAUUGUGUUUGGAUUAUUUACAUAUAUGUCAUGUGAGAAAACUUUUGUUUGAUUUAUAUGAUGAAUUAUAUAUGAAGAUGUAAGUUCAGAUCGUAUGCCAGGUUAUUAUAUGACUAAAGCCAUGUCCAUUUUCAUUGGACACCUUGCAAAUGUAUGUUCGAUAAAAUCCAAGAUUAUUGAAUAUCCACUUUGAGUAGAAAUGUAUUGAGUUAAAAAAAAAAUUGUAAGUUGUAACGUUACUUUGUGCAUUUGAAUUUUUGCAUCAACAUUGUCCUUAAUGUCAAUGCUUAAUUUACAACUGAAGGUAACUGUUGUAUACAUCAUUUUUAACACUAAAUUAAAAAAAGCAUGAGUUUUUGAGGAAAAAAUACACACAGAAUUCUUUAGUUCCAUCAGUUGAUUCACAUUUUGUACCCCUUGAAGGAGAAGUUAUUUUUUAGGCUUAUUAAGUUCAAUAUAUUCAAACAAAAUAUAAAGGUGUGAGAAGCCGUUAUUGAUUCCAAUAUUUAAUCUAGGUAUCAAAACAAAUAGCACAGUUGAAGCUCAUAACACUGUUUUAAACUUUGAUUAGAUAAUCAUAUAAAACACUUCAUGUUUAAAUAUCUGUUUGGACUAGGUUUUAACAUGUAUUUCAUUUCUUAAUAACAUAAUAUUGUUCGUCAAAUAUUCAUAUUUUGUGUCAAUUUGCUUUUCAAUUAACUUUUUAAUAUUUUACAACAGUGAUUGGCCUUCCCCAAAAAAUGUAAUAUUGGAGUGCAAGAUUUUACAAAAAGAUUUUCAAAAAUUAAAUGAAAAAAACCCAGAAUAAGAUGUUAAUUUUAUUGCCAUAUUUACAUUGUACCUCUCUUUUCGUCUAAGAUUCUAAAAUUCUGUAGUUUCACUUUUUGCUCAUUUGAUUUGUUUUUAUAAUUUUUCAACAAGAAACUAUAAAAAAAAUACUUUGCUAGAAAGUUGUAGACCUAGCCUUCUGAAAUGUUUACAAAUACCCUGAAAAAAAUUAAGGAAAAUUCAGUUUGUGUCUUUUAUGUGACAAAAAAAUAUGUUGUAUUGAAUGGAUAAAUGUUAAAAACACAUAAAUAUAAUGUCUAUUUAAGCAUCAGAUAAAUAUAAUGUCUUAAUGGUAAAUUCACUGUCGAUUUAACAUCAUUUUAUGAAUUUAAUGUCUUAAUGGUAAAUUCACUGUAUUCUGUAGUUAAUAUUAAAAAAAAAGUACAAGAAUCUCAGUUCCACAGAAUUUGCCCUUGAUUAAUGACCUUGACAAACACCAGACAUUCCCUCCCAAGUUGCUGCCUGUUUGAACUGUCAAGGUUCCAUAUUUAUUUUUCUGAUUCAUUGUUUUCACAUAUAAAAUCAUGUUUUAUAUUUUAAAGUUCAAAUUGAGAUUGGUUUGAUUGGUGCUUUUAUUGUAAGAAACCAGCCAAUGAAGUUACUGGUUUCAGUCAGCCAAUGAAUUUUCUUUGUUUUAAAUAUUUAUAUUUAUCAAAAUUGCUGUAAGUUUUGUUCUGAAAAUUUGUACAUAUAUAUUACAAGGGCAAUAUGAAUUCUGAAUAAAUUUUUAGUCAGA